AUGCUGGUUGGAACCUCCCUGCCUGACGGUCGCCCAGUCAAAGUUGUCGGUGCUGUCAACAAUGGUGUGCGUGGUUGCCACAGAUUGACAAUGUUUGAUGUGGUCUAUGCUAAAGGUGGUGCCAGGAUUGAACUGCUCCUCACUGACCUGUCGGUUGUGAUAGCCCAUGGUUUGAGCCCUGUGGAUGCCAUCAUGCGGUGUGUUGAGAUCUGCUCGGGUGCUGCUUGCUCCAGUGUUGGACUUGCUGCUGCUGGAUUUCGUCAUGUUGGGUCAGUUGAGUGGCGUGCCCCUUUGGUGGAAGUUCACCGUUCUUGUCAUCCUGGAAUUCCAAUCAUCCAUGGUGAUAUCGCCGACAUGUCUUGUUUGAAAGAGCUGGCUCAGACCGUUGAACCUCCAUUCUCUAUGAUGGCAGGUUUCUCUUGCCAGCCAUACUCGUCUGCUGGUUCCCAGGGUGGCUCCGGGGAUGAACGUUCUGGGACUGUUCCGGCCACUGUGACUGCAUGCCAUCUUUUGCAAGUGCCGGUCUUGUUGAUUGAGAAUGUCACCCAAGCCAGGACCAACCAGUUUGUUCGUGCAUGUUUGCAGCAACUUGAAUCGCAGUUGGGCUAUAGUCUGAAUGAAGUUUGUUUGAGGUUGGAAGAUAAUUGGUGCACUCGCCGAUUUCGCUGGUGGCUUGUUGCCACGCAUCCGAGCAUUGGUCCCAUUGCCUUGCCUGAAUGGCCCAAGCAUCCAAGCCUCAACAUCCGUGACAUCAUGCCAUUCAUCAAACCAUGGCCACAAGAGGUUCUUGCUGAGUUAAUUUUGUCGGACCAUGAAGUUUCACGUUUCACCCUCGAUGGUUCCACUCUCCGCAAGUACCAUGUCCAAUUAGAUGGUAAGCUGCCGACCAGUUUGCACUCCAGUGGAUGUCAAGCCGAUGCCUGCCCGUGUGGCUGCAGACCGGAGUUUAGUGACCAGCUCAUCCGUCAGAAGGGUUUGUAUGCACAGCUUGUUCAGAUCCCGGUGAGUGAUGGCUCAGUGGUUUUUCGUCAUUUGCACCCAUGCGAGCUUGCCCUGCUCAACGGCAUGCCACCACCUGAGGCUUGGAUGGGUCCUGACAGACCUUCUUUGAAGGCUCUGCUUACACGGCUCUUGACAUGUGCCCGGGACCUGUUUCCUAGUUUGGUGACACCGAACGUGCCUGUGGACUGGACCAUGUUGACUUAUCCUGAUGGCACCACUGUCCGGGUUCAGGUCCGUUCAGACACUACGGUGAUUGAACUGUUUCAAGCCGAACUUGCUCUGUCUCAGGAUGCCACUUCUGACCAUUGGAUUGAUGCUGCAACAGGUCAGACUCUGGACUACUAUGCCAAAGCUGCUGGACUCAACAUCUUGGUUCGAGGUGCCCGACACACUGCUGCUGCGUCAUCCACGGAUCAUGUCCCUGUUGCUGUGUCUUCGAUUCCCAUUCCUUUGGACUUUGGAGAUCAGGAUGUCAGUGUUCCCAUGGACUUGCCUGUCGACAACCCUUCUGGUCCGUCUGAUGUUGGUGGCCCUAUGACUGGUGUGGACUCGUCUGGAGUGGCGUCUGGUGGAUUUGCUUCGGUUUCUGGUCCUCCCACCGUUGCUGUUCCUGUCUCUGAUCAUGCUGGCCCUGUCAUGGACACCUUGUUGAGUCUCCGUCAUUUGACUGGUUAUCAACUUGCAGCACUUCUCCCCCCACUUGUGACAGAAGUCAGUACAUGUGAGAGGUAUCGUCAAGCAGUGGCUCCUGCCAACACACGUCUUGCCAUUUUGGCCAAUGAAGGGCGUGCCAUGGGAGAUGAUGAAGUCUCACUGCACCUUCGUGCUUGCAUUCAGUUGAGUGGUAGGCCUGGCACUCGCUUUCUUGAUACUUUGCUGGCUGUUGGAUGGUUACAGUGUGGUACGGUUUGCAAGGUUCAAGAGUGGCUCCAACUUGUUCCAGAUACCACAUGCAUUGUCACCGUUGUUUCUGUCCAAGACCAUUGGAUGCCGGUUGUCUGGUCAGUCGGUAUUUGUGAAAUCCAAGUCGCCAUGUGGGAGCAUGCAGAUGUUGACAUUGAUUGCCUCAAUCCAUUGCAUGGACUGCUUUGCACUGCAUUUGGCAAGCCGAUGUUUGCCCUUGCUUGCACACGUCGCUCAUAUGCCAGAGGCUAUUGUGGAGCGUCUGCGGUGGCAUUCGUUUCCCACCGCCUCCUCGGCCAUGAUUUGCCUGCAUCCGAAACUGCCCUGGCAGCAUUGCAUCAAGACCUCAAAGCUAGUUUUGCUGAGUCAUGCCGUGCAGCUGUUGCAUUGCCCAAGCCAUGGUGUUGGGGUCUUGGCACUCAGGAUGUCAUUGGGUUGGCCUCUGAACUCCUGCAAAGCCACGGAGUACCCCAAGCGCAGGCCACUUUGCGUGCCAAGUUGGUUGUCCAAGCCUUGGGAAAGCAAGAAGUCCAACAAGCCUUGCAUGGGGUUGCUCCCUGGAAAUCGUUGAAAGCACUAGCAAACAUGCAACAGCCGCCUUUGCAGAUGGUUCUUCCUGACGAGCAAGCUCAGCAUAGUGCCAAGAGACCUGCUAGCAAGCCCAAGAAGGCCCAACAGCCUGGUAAGUUUGCUCCCUCGAAGCCUGCUGAACUUGACCCGUCCAAGUUGAUUAUUGCCCCAGGUGCUUUUUGUGCUGGUGAUGACGAACCCUUGUGCCAGGUGCCGUUUGCUUCCAUUGGCCCUCUUGCCAGUGGUGUCAUUUUGGCCACUUUUCAAGAUGCUGUGCCCUUUCUUCAGGCGGGACAAUUGUUGACCCAAAAGAGCCUUGCGUUGUUGGUUUUGCAUGCCCCUGCGGACUUUCAGACGAGCUUGCAGUGGUCGACUGUGCGGUUUGCUGCAAGGUGUAGCAUGAAUCAGGAACCUAUGCUGAUCACUGGUCAUUUGGUUCAACUUGGCCGCACUGUUGCCUACCAGUACCGAGCCAAAGACACCCCGUCCAUUUUGUCUGUCGAGGUCGCAUGUGCCAGAGUUUUGGUCUUUCAAGAUCAGUGGGAGGGCAAAUGGGAAGACUUCGCUGCCAGACCUGUCAAACAUGUCUUGUCGGUCUUGUCCUGUCUGCAGACCUGUCGUAACAGCCCUGACUGCCAGUGCCCAGGCUGGCAUCCUGAACCAGACAGCUCACAUGAUGCAGUGCUUGAUGUAUUCCGCAGGCAGUUCUUCAACGACACAGGCCGAGCUGUUAAAUGGGACAAAGCUACCCAUUUUUCUGUGAUGAUCAGGUACGUGAAAGCCCUUGAAACAAAGGUUCUGUGCGCCAGUGGAUCUCAUGGGGUGUUUGUGGAGCCCAAAACUGAAGAUGCUCUCCGGCCUCAUGAAGACUUCCAGGUAGUUUGGCUUCCACAGAUGGAUUUUAGUGCUGUUGCCCACAAAGCCAAGUGUGAAGUUGAUUGCCUUGGAAUUGCCCGUUCUGGAAAGAGACUCGGCCUUCGAGUUCAUGUUCAGCAUUUCCAAAGGGUUUUCACCAGUGCCAAACCUGAUGCUGUCUACUUGGCCCCAGGCAACCGCCUGACGUUUCACAGUGGUCCAUGGCCCUUUGGAUGUGAUCGGAAAAGCAUAGCCAAGUUUUUGAAAGCCAGUGGAUGGGAAUGCCGGCCUUUACAGCCGAUCCAACAUGUGUCUGGAGGAUUGAUGUGGAGUGUUCAAGCUGUCCAGGAGCCUCCGCAGAAUGUGCUGACCAUGCAGCAUGGCCAAGUAGUGAUCACAUGCCCCGACACCAAGCCCGCAAUGCCUGAGGUGGACAGUGCCACAGUUGGAAAUGCCAAAACGUUGGAGUUGUGCCGCCCCGCAGAUGGACUUGCAGCCGACCCUUGGUUGACAAGUGACCCCUGGUCCAAAGCAGUUCAGCAAGUCACGCCAACACCAGUUGGACCUCCUGCUCCACAUGUGCUCCAGGAACUGGAACAGCGCAUCGAGAAGACCAUUUUGGCCAAGAUGCCUGCCACUGAUCGUAUGGAAGUCGAUGACCAGGAUCAACGACUUCAGGCGCUGGAAUCCCAGUUCCAACAGCUUGCCAACCGCCAGACAAGCCUCGAGAGCACCGUGCAGGAACACCAUCAACAGAGCACAGCCCAGGUGCAGUCGCUCCAGCAACAGAUGAAGGUCCAGCUUGAUCUCCAGACCCAACAGAUGCAAUGCAUGCUCACUGACCAGAUGGCCAGAAUUGAAACCAUCUUGGCCAAGAAGCCUCGUACCGAGUGA